UUGUGCUUUUCCUCUGACGGGAGUGGAGGGGGGGGGAGGGCAGAUCUUCUUUUCUCGCGCGGCAACUCUUGUGUGAUAGUUGCGCCAGCAUCGCCAUACCGGUAGUCUGCACCAGUGAAUUGCGGCUCCGGAGUCAACUGUUUUCGUGCUGUACUCGGGUACUGUAUGUGCGAGUGCUGUACCAGUACCGGUGAUACGUUUCACUCGGAUCAAGGCAGUGUUUACUCUUCCCACAGUACCUGACAUCCUUCGGGUUCGUUGCGGUAUUGCUAUUUCCAGCUGUGGCGAUUCCGGUGGGUUGGUAUUGGUAUUGGUAUUUGAUUAGUGCGGUAAGGUAGCAGUUGCGUACGUCCUCAGGCUCCGGCGCAGUAUCAUACUUGGCCGAUGUGGCGGUGGUAGUCUACGGUAGGCAGGGGACUCGUAAGCUAUGAUAUAUAUAUAUUAACUGGAUAUAGUAAUAAUAAUAAUAAUAAUAAUGCGGUAAUUAUGAUAAUAGUGAAGAAUGGAUGGAUUUGUUCCAAGCCAGGUUGGCACGCCGCCAGCAUCUGGAAUGCCUCAACGGAAGAUAAGCCACCGGAGGCGUGUGGAUCGGCCUGAGGUAUGCAUACCGGAUCACCGGGUGAGGUUUUAGACGCUACUGCAUUGCACUGCACUGGUACUCGAGUACCCGUAUGAUACUCGUACAUGGCGUGUGAGUGAUAUGUCGGGUGUGGGUGUGGGUGUGUGUGAAACAAAAAAAGGGACUGUUGGUGUGGAGGGGACCUGGUCUCAUGCUCGAGUUAUCAUAUCAUGCGAGUACUCGUAGAGUACCAUAUAUAUCGUGGUGGUAGUUAAUGAUAAUGUAGGAAUCAUGAGGACUUGUAUUCGGGAGGGAGGCGCUGUUGUGCGAGUUCUUGACAAGUUAUGUAUGCAUGCACCCGUUCUACAAAUAACCACUGUAUGAUACCGUAUGAAUUCCGUCUACAGCGACAUGAUAAAUAUCCCGACAGCAGUUCGUAUUGUACUGGAUGGACAGGAAACGGUUCAAGGGGUAAGAGUUGUUUCUCGUCGGCAAAGCGCAGCACGUUUUUCCUGCCGUAACACAGUACUGGUACUGUUAUGGAGCUCAUUGGAUGAAGCGAAUCCAUGGACGGAUGAUAGAUGGAUCGAGGGACUAUAAAUAUCGAUGCUCUGCCUUCCACAAGAGGGGGGGGGGGGGGUUUGUCGAUGGCCGAAGAUGGGGCAUGUCACGCCUCAAGUGGUAGUUUACGGGUUACAGUAUCGGACGUAACUCCGCAAGGCUGCGUGGUGGCCGCUUGUAAAUUUAGAUGGGAUGGGAUGGGAUGGGUCUGGGUUUGUUCUUUGCCUGUCGGGCUCCUUUUACUUUGUCUUGAGAACUUGACAUAACUUGCGCGUUCGAUAGAAAACAGUGCAAAAGGGAUCAUCAUGAUAUGGCAGGGCCACGCAUGUUUCACACGCAAGCCCGCGCUUGUCGAGGCUCAAGUGUAGACUGUUAUCGUGCUGGAAGUGAUUGUACUGUGCACCGGUUUACUCGUGUUGUGUUGUUGAUGGGACGGUGACCUCCUCAGUGUCUGGUGAUGGAUGUGAACUGUGGCCAGUCCACUCUUGCCACCGAGCACCUUCGGAAUACGGAGGGCCGCGUGCGAAUGAAUGUUCCUGCUUACGGUAUUCAUCGUGUAGAAAGAGCCAGACGCCGCCUUUCUAUGCCUUUGCGCGAUGUAAUUUCACCGGUAACUGAGCUUAAGCGGUGUGCAAUCCGGGUCGCUAUUCGUUCGAUAGGAGAAGGGAAGAAAGUGUAGAAAAGAAAAGAAAAAAAAAAGGUAAUAUCCGACAGUGGUCGGCUAUGAUUCCUGCCUCUUAGUAUUGCACCUGUCUUGGAUACCGGCGUUCACACUUGAAGAGAACAACAUCACCGCAUAUUCCGUCCUUAGCCUUCCAACCCCCCUUCUCUUUGGAGUACAGUACUUGUACAGUACCGGUAUCGACACCUCGAGUGCACCAGGUGACCGUGCCCAAGUGUUCGGUUUAUCUAUGAUACUGCUGUACACGGCACUAGUACUGUACAGUUCCACAUCCCUCCUGUGCGAGGAACCACAAGAUCAAGAAGCAGCUCCUACAAGCGGCGGGCAACAGAGGGAGCGAGGAGCAGCAGAAACACCACAUCGUCCACAUCCUCUUUCUUGUUCCUAACCUCUGCGAUUCGGGCCCGGCAUCGGUGAUCGUGCCAUUUGUCCAUCUCAUACCGUUUUUGGUUUGUGCGGUGGCUUCGCUAUCGGUGGUGGUGGUGGUGGUGCGUGUGUGCGUGUUUCUAGAUUUGACGGUCCCGCUCGUUUCCUUCUACCCUGCCUACAUUUAUCAUACCCUCAUCACACUUUCGGUAUCGCUCGGCCUCCCAUCUCCUUCUGUUCGCUGUGGCUCCCCGCAACCGUUUCCCCGUCGACUUCACAACAGUGUUUUCCUAUACCCCCGCCCCCCUCCUUAACCCAACAAACCCCACCACCACCACCUUCUCCCGUAUAGCUAAUCAGUAAAAAAUUAUCUUUCAAAGGCUCGAAAAAAAAAAAAGCUGCUGAGCAUCCUGUGCAUCCGCAUCGGCUGUCGCCAUGGGUAACGUGAAUGGGAAGCUUGAGGAUGGGCCUGCCUUGUACUUGAGAGAUCAAUCGAGACGUAUGCAUACCGUAUUCUCCUUUCUCCGUGCCGCUACCCUUGUGCGGGACCCGUUCCACUCUUAUCACCCCCCCCCCCGCACCUUCUCCUUGUGUGCUUUUCCACUGACCCUUUCAUUCUUUUCAGUGUCUAUCGCUUCACUGGUAAUAACGAACGCACAGAAGCGAGUAAUCUUGAGGAUUGCCCCUAGCUCUUUUCCGUGUUCCAGAAUUGUUGCGAAGAAGGACCCCGGUGACGAUGGCCUGGUGGAGUUUGUUCAGGUACUAUCACCACACCUCCCCCAAAUCUAUAAUGCACACAUUGAAUAUGAUAUCCGAUAUCUCUUAUGUCAAGUCCUUAAUUCCGGUGUGAUUUUUUAGGACCCGGACCCGAAUGCGCAGCCACCUUUCCUCCUCAAACUUACCAAUGAGGAGGACUUGACCUUCUGCUUUACCUUUAAUAUCAGGCGGAAGGACGAUGCCACAGGAAACACUGGGCCAGAGACCAACAUCAACGGGUUGACUUUCAUAGUGGCGUCCAAUGCUCGGGAUUUGGAGAAUUUGGUCACCCGAGAGUUACAUGCUGACCCCAACCUACACAAGAAUCCCAAUGUGAACCUAGUUGGAGACUUCUCGACGGAUGGAUCGAAUGCUGUGCAGUUUGAAUGGCAAUGGCGCUGGCGGCCUCCCCAAAGCAUGGAAGAUAGAGAGGGUGGGAAGAAUAUGGGAUGGAGGAAUGUAUGCAGUGUAUGUGAAUGUCGCGGCUCCUUGGUUUUUAAUCCUAUGCUAAGCAUUACAGUUUGUCGAGUACGAUCAACGAGCGCACAAGCUUUCCACACUGGCCCAAUUCUCGUUUUGGGUUCAGAGUAUGUACUUGCGACUAAUCAUUUUUGGGGGCCAACGCUGACACGUCAGCAGAUACGUCCCGAGUAUGGCCACCAUCGCCUGGCACCAGUUCGGAUUACUUGCUCUCGUCUGCUCCCAAGAUGCGGUCUUCCUCUGGAUAUUCACCCGAGCCAAAGCCGAACGAUUUGUCCAUGGAAGCGGAACCCCCCUCCCCUUUGGCCGAGGCCUUUGAUGGGUCCACUAGUGUACCUUGUGUAAAAGUAGACAACUGCCCACGGCCGGUGGAUAGCACCAUGGCGGAGGAUGGUCCAUUGUUCCGAGCGACCCUCAAGAGUUUGGAACAAAAGACCGGGACCCUGCGUACCAAAAUGAAGAAAGUACUCAAAAGGGCCGAGCAGGCGCGGCAAGCACAGAUUGCAUGCAAUGAUGCCGUUACCGCAUUCAUGGAAUCUCUAAGUGACGCUGCAAGCACUGGGAAUGCCUCCGGAAUUCGGCCGGCUCUAGAACACUACUUCGAGAGGACGUAUCGUGUGAUUCUCGGCUUUGAGAAGCAGAAUGAAUCUAGCCUUCAGAAGUUAAUCAUUGACCCACUCACAAAGCUCUAUAAUCUGGAUAUUAAGCAGGCGGAGGUCAAAAGGAAGGAUUUCGACGAGGAGAGUCGAGAUUAUUACAACUAUGUAAGCCGUUAUUUAGGGAUCAGGAACGACUCUGCGAAGGAGAAGAAGAAGAUUGAGAGCGAGACCAAAUACCAAUCAAAGCGGAAAAACUUUGAACUGAAGAGAUUUGACUAUUGCACUUUUAUGCAGGAUUUGCAUGGCGGCCGGAAAGAGCAGGAGGUUCUUUCUCAGCUUACUAAAUUUGCAGACGAGCAAGCCCGGAGUUACUUGGCGGCAGCGAAGAAGGUGCAAGAAUUGAUGCCUCAGCUGGAGGCGCUGAGCCAUGAGGUGAAGGAGUCGGAUAAGGAGUUUCAAUUGCAAAGGACUGAGCGGGAGGAAAGAAGACGUGUUUUGGAGAAGAGCAGUAAGACGUAUGUUGAGCCGGAUAAUCUUCCGUCCUUCAUGCCACCUCCGACACCCAACCCAACGUCUGCACCGCCUAGUGAAAUUCUCGGCCACAAUACUGGGUUUGAAAAACUCGGCGUCGGGACAAGUAGCAUCCGCACAGUAUCCUCUGGCUCAAGUUCUGGCGGUGAUAGAAGGUCCGAAAAGGCUCCCGAAACUGUGAUGUCACUCUCGCCUAAUGGUCUUGGGCUGUCACCAGGUUCGGCCCGACUGGCGGCGCCUGAACCAUCUCCAAUAAAUACUGCGGCGGAUAAGUUCAAGGGAUUCAGGGAUUUACAGGAGAAGGAAUACAAUGGCAAUGGCCUUGUAAACGGUGAAUCAGACCGGAGAAAGGAGGGGCUUCUUUGGGCUUUGAGUAGACCUGGAAGUCAUGCGGAUCCUAAGGGAUUGAAUAAGCAAGCGUGGCAUAAGUAGGUCUGGCUGAGGGGGGUUGAAGGAUAUCUGCUGACGCCGGGUUCCUAGAUACUGGGUUGUCUUAGCUGGUGGACAGUUGUGUGAAUAUUCAAACUGGAAGCAAAAGUUGGACCUUCACAACGAUCCAAUCAACCUUAAGAUGGCAUCGGUACGCGAGGCUCGAGGGGCGGAGAGACGAUUCUGCUUCGAGGUUGUCACGCCGCUAUACAAGCGGGUAUACCAAGCAACUUCUGAAGAAGAUAUGAAUAACUGGAUAUCGGCAAUCAAUAAUGCAGUAAAGAGUACUAUUGAGGGUGGUAGUUCUGUGCGAAAUUUUGACACAUCGUAUGUUGAGAAUGAUGCCGGGCCUGACAAGUUGAAGAACAUAACAACGGCCCUCACCGGGAAGAGUCCUCAUUAUCAUCAUUCAGUUCACGGGACCAAUCCAAUGUCCCAUGGAUCGGCUUCUAAUACCAAUAUGAAUCGUCGUACGACGGUUGGCGCAAGGCCAGCCGGUGUUCGGCAGAGCAGCAGCAAUUUCAAUGAAGACCCAGAGAAGUUGCUCCAGAUGGUCAGAGAAGCAGAUUCCGCCAACAAUUGCUGUGCGGAUUGCCAAAGUCAAAUGAAGACCGAAUGGGUGUCGAUAAAUCUGGGGGUUGUUUUGUGCAUUGGUAUGUUUUUCGCGAGACUGCGCCUGGACAUGGCUGACACGUCUUGCAGAGUGUAGUGGUUUGCAUCGCUCACUCGGGACACAUAUAUCCAAGGUUCGGUCGCUGACAUUGGACGUCACCUCUUUCACACCGGACUUGGUUGAGUUGCUUUGCCAAGUAGGGAAUAAGAAUUCAAACGCUAUAUGGGAGGCUAAAUUUGACGCCGCUCACCGCCCGGAUCCACGAUCCUCCAGGGAGCAGAGACUCAAGUUCAUUACAUCCAAGUACGUUGAUCGAGCGUUCGUGCAACCACUAUCGCCAACACUCUCUCAAUACGCAUCACCGGAUGAAUCGAUCCUGGCAGCGGUAAAGAGUAAUGAUCUUCAGGGCACUCUUUACGCGCUCGCUUUACACGGAAGCCCUAACACCGUCGAUCCCGCCACAGGCCUGCGUGCGGUAUUUCUUGCCCUACGGGCCGCCGAUCCAGCCCCUACCGUUCCGGAAAAUGAACUGGCUGCACCUUCAGCAAACGUCCCAUCCGUAACGUUCCCACUGGCAGAACUGCUAAUACAGAACGGCGGUGAAAUCACAUCCAAUAUCCCAAGCUCCGGCUUGUCGCUAGCAGCAAAGCACUACCUCUCCCAGAAGGCGGCAAAGAGAUGUAGCGCGCCCGCAGAGACUGCUCCUUCAAAUGCUACCGCCUCAUCAAAGCAUGGUCACCAAUCCUCCAGUGGCGAGUUUUACGAUCCCCCAGCCACGCUCCGAGAGCGUCAGCAACGUGAGAAGGAGCGUUUACAAAAACGCAUUUCGUCUGGCGGUCGCCUACAUCGUGCACCGCAAUUGGACCGGUGAUGUCAAGGAAGGGGAACGAGAAUAGAGGAAAAAAAAAAACAAGAAACAAAUACUCUUUGUACCAUGGCUGAAUGUUUGGAGUCUGGGUUUUUCAUUUUCUUCGCCUUUUUAAAAAAUCCUAGUUUUCCCACUUUUUCUUCUUAGCUUGGUAAUUGUCUACCUGUCUGUCUGUUUGGGUUUUGCCGAAGAUGGUCUUGUAGUUGAUACUCGGUCUUUUGUGGUGGAUGGGUGGGUGUAUGGAUGUGCGAGGUGAUUUCUUUCCAGUGGCUAUUAAAGGUUUUUUUUUUUUUUUUUUUGAUGUCGCCCGGAAUUAAUAGUAGACAUGGCUUGGGCGGCGGCGGCGGGAGAUUGGAUGGAGGAUUUGGGAGGUAACUAACUUGGGUACCUGUGUUUUCGAAGGGGGACUUUUAUUUCUGUGCGUUUUUCUCUUUUCCCCCCUCUUGUUUGGCUAGCCGAUUGGUUAGUCGACUGGACGUGUGAUGUAGCAUAAUAAAUAAUGCUGUGUGGCGUGGGCGGGGGAGAGAGGGAGGGGGAGAGGGCGUAUGUAGUGAUUUGUUGGUAAUGGGAUGAAGGAACGAAUGGAAUAGGGAUUUGC